AUGGACAAAUCAGACUCAACUGUGAUAAUUGGAGCAGGCAUCAACGGCUUAGCGACAGCCUUCUACCUUGCAAGCACUCGCAAGCGCGGAGACAACAUCUGGAUCAUCGAGACCUCUUCAGAUGUCGUGAGCUCUGCUUCUGGAAAAGCGAAUGGUAUCUUGUCGGAUUACGGUCGUACGGCUCCUGUUGCUGACUUGGCUCACCUGUCUUGGAAGCUACACCAGCAACUUGCGACGGUAUAUGAAGGAGCUGUCAACUGGGGAUAUACAAAGACAGUGAGACAUGAACUUCUAAAUGCAAGCGACUUAAUGCCUGGGUUUCAGGCUCAGUAUCCUUUGCCAGAAUGGAUACGCAAGCGAGAACAGUACUUCCAGCUGAUUAAGGGUAACCCAUACAAUUGCGCACGUCUGGAUCCGCGCAAGUUUGUCGACUUUCUUCGUCAAAGAUGUGAAGAAUCUGGUGUUAACAUCCUCUUCCAAUCGGAGGUCCAACAUGUACAAAUUGAUCAAGAAGAACUCACGGGAGUCACAAUCAAACACGACAACGAGCUCCGUCAGGUCGAAUGUGGUACACUCGUCGUUGCGGCAGGAUCAUGGAGUGGGAGAGUGCUCGAGAAGCUUUUCCCUGAGUCUAGUUUUCACCUCGAAUUUGAGGCGAGCCACCGGUCUGCAGGUAACUGGCUAAUAUUGAAGGCGCCGCUACCUUCAAACAGCGAGUAUUGCCACCAAGUGUAUGUCAAACGUCUUGCUGGUGCGCCAGUCGAAAUUUCAGAUUAUCGAGACGGAAGACUCUACGUGGGCGGCUACGUUGGCAGUGCUGAAGUCAUGCCCGCAACAGCCAUGGAGGUGAUACCUCAAGCCGCCUCGAUUGCAACCAUGAAGGUAAUCGCUUCACAAUUUGUGGAUUUCGAUGAUGCCGAGCCAGAAGUGUUGGAAAUGGGGCGCUGUUAUCGACCGAUCUUGAAUGAGGGCAGACCUAUCAUCGCAAAAAUACCGAUACACACAUUGAUUGGAAAGCCCUGCAGUGCAGCCGGCGAGGCGCAUAUGCGGGGUGGUGUUUUUGUCAAUACCGGACAAGGUACGAGUGGGAUAUGCAUGGGUCCAGGCAGCGGGUUGGUCAUGAGCGAGCUCAUCCGCGGGCUGCAGCCUUCAGCAGAUAUCAGUGGCUUGGACAUAGCCACAUGA